AAAAAAAAAAAAAGAAAGAAAACUCUAAAAAUUAAAAAAUUAAAAUUAUGACAAAAAUAAUCAAAGUUCUUUUAUUGCUUUCAACACUUUUAUGGACAAUUUCUUCGGCGCCAGUGGAUUUUACUCAACAGUUUGAAUUUCAUAUAUUUAAUCAAAAUCCAACAUGCGUUCACGCAAAUCUUUUAUCAAAUACGAUGAACUUAAAUCAACAUAACGAAACGGAAGGAAUCAACGGAUAUAUAUCAUCAUGUUAUUUUAAUACAAAACAACAUCAAACAGUUAUAAGAGGAAGGUUCACUAAUUUACCUGGUGAUUUAAAUAAAAGAAAUUAUCAUUUUUAUUUAUUGAAUCCUGAUAAUACUUUACGAAGGGAUUUAUCUCAACUUUUUCAAAGUGGAUUAAUAAUUAAUAAUGAUGGAAAUUCUGCUGAAUUAUCAUUAAAUUUAAUGAAAUCUAGUAUCUUCCCUUUAGAAGGAAUCAAUAGUUACGUUAAUGGUUGGGUGAAAUUAUAUCAUUUACAUGAUGGGGUUGUAUCUUCUGCUGGUCCUGCCAAAUUUCAUCAAAUAGAAAAAUUAUUAGAAAAAGAACUUUAAAAAAUUUAUCGAACAAUUUAUGAUUUAUUCUAUUCUAUUCUAUAUAUUACUGUAUCAAAUUAUAUGUAAAUGUAAAUAAAAAUUUUCUUGUGAUAUAAUAUAAUUUCUUUAUCUACUAUAAUUAAGGCAUCCCUUCAUGAUCAUAAAUAAUCACGUUUCUUAUAUGAAAGUUUAAUAAUCACUUUUCCUGCAACUGUAUCGAUAUCAAACCUUUUAUCGGUUAAGUUUUCGGUCCGCCAAUAUUUGUUACAAAAGUUUUUUCUUUUAUUGAAACAAUGAAAUACGCCGUGCAUAUAUUACAUAU